ACACAAGUCACAUAGGUUACUUGUGAACCUAAUCUUAUUUAUUUUAUAACCCAUAGAUAAGACGAGUUAUAGUUAUAACCUCACUUCAUGACUUGACUCCGCGUUUGAAACCGAGUUUUUAGUACAAUUUUUCAUGGGAUUCUUUAAAUAUUUAAAUAAUGUUUAAACGAGUUGUUUUAGGCAUCUCAGGUGGAGUGGAUAGUGCUGUUGCCGCUUUAAUGCUAAAGCGUAAAGGCUUUGAUGUCCAAGGGGUUUUUAUGAGAAACUGGGACAUAGCAGAUGAAACAGGUACUUGCAGGGCAGAUGAAGACUUUAAGGAUGCAAAUUAUGUAUGUAAUCAGUUAAAUAUUAAGCUUCAUCAUGUUAAUUUUGUUAAAGAAUACUGGAAUGAAGUCUUCAGCAACUUAGUGAAAGACUAUGAAACUGGGUUGACCCCAAACCCAGAUAUUUUAUGCAAUAGACAUGUUAAAUUUAAGUAUUUUUACAACUAUGCAAUGGAUCAGCUAAAUGCAGACGCCAUUGCUACUGGGCAUUAUGCUAAAACUAGUUUUGGGCCCUAUCUAGAUCAGUUUAAGACUAACGAAUCGGUCAGAUUAUUAAUGGCAGAAGACCCGGUUAAAGACCAAACAUUCUUUCUGUGUCAAAUUGAACAGGAAGCUUUAAGAAGAACAAUGUUCCCAUUGGGGGGCCUCGCCAAGUGGGAGGUCAAGCAAUUGGCAGUAGAAAACAGCUUGGAAAAGUUUGCAAUCAAACGGGAAAGUAUGGGGAUUUGCUUUAUUGGGUCCAGGAAUUUUCAAGACUUUAUUAAGGAG